AUGAAAGAAUUUGAAAUGGUGAAGACACGCCAGAUUAAGAAGUUUAUGAAACUCAAAGGUCAGAGAGUGAAGACUGAAGUCCGUCACCCACAUGCAGUAAUUAUUGUAAGUAGCCAACAUCUAGAAAACUCUGAAGAAGCAGUACUGAACAAAGGUCUCAAAUUUGCGACAACCAUCAAGUGCAUUCGAUACUUGGACAUGAUAGCCCCUAUUGAAGAGAUAGCUGUAAAGAUACCAAAAGCUCAAGGAGAUGAACUAAGGUGGAAAGUGAGACAGAUACUAGAAAAAGGGAAAUUUCCCAAACCAAACAUCCCUAAGAAAGAAAAGUUCACUAUCAGUAGACUACAGAACGACAAUUCCAUCAUAAUACUUCCGGCGGAUAAGGGAAAUGCUACAGUGGUGAUGAACAAGUCUGACUAUUCAGAAAAAUUGCCAAGUCAUAUAAGUGAUGGUAGCUAUAGCAAAGAGCACACACGAGGAUGGAAUGUAUCGCUGAAGAGGUCACAGAUGUGUGACGAAAGAUUUCUGGACAGUGGGCAUGAGAUAAAAUAA